UCUGGGGAUAAUAUGUGCUCCUUCAGCUCGACGCUAACCAUUUGAUCUAAGGCGAUUUGCAGAGAAGUAUCCCCCCUAAUAGUGGUUUUUCCAGGACUCCUAGAUAGUCCAGAUAAUCCGAGAGAUCGUAGAGAAGCAACCCCCUCGCAGACAUGGGCAAGAAGGGCAAAGGCAAGGGAAAGAAGGGCAAGAAGCCCGCUGUGGCGGUGGCCCCCGUUGAGGCACCACCAUGUCCGCCCUGUCCGGAGCCACCGAAGCAGAUGCAGCCCCUGGACGCUUGUCCCGAGUCCAGCGGACCCCACGAUGUCCUCCGGGCCCAGCCGAAUCAUUAUCCGGCGCUGCUACGCAUUCCGGAGACGAUGGCGGUGGUGGGUUCGGAGAAUGGAUGCUACGAUAGCAUCUGUAAGCUGCUGCGUGCCGGAUUCCGGUGUGCCGAGCGGGUCUUCGUGAUGGCACCGUGGGGCAACUAUGUGGUCUUUCGGUAUCACAACAACAAUGACUUCAUCUACUUCCUGUUCGACGGAUGCACCUGCGAUGUGAAUAGGUUCCGCUAUCUGGAUCUUAGCUGCGGAACCGCUGGAUUCCUCUUCUUCGACAACAUGCACGACGUCAUCAGCUAUAUCAUUCAGUCGCGCAAGACGCGUCUCUAUCUGGAGAAUCUCAAUAAGAUCGCAAUCGAUCAGAUUGUGGAGGAGUAUGGCGCCGUUACCUACACCCAAAAGGCCAAGUGCAUGCGGUUCGCUUGAGUACCCAUUACCAAUGGUGAUCCGAAAUGGAAAAAUUGAAUACUGGACACCCUGCUUUGUCUUGAAAAUAAUACUGCUCAACAUUUUGGUACAGAUCUUUUUCAAUAAAUAACUUGGAUAUCAGUCGGGAAA